GAUCAAUUCCAUAGCAGUCAAUGCACGGAAUACUUGGUGGCCAUUCAUCUCGAGAGAUGCUACCAUGCUUCACUCAACGCUUGCUUCGGUUGCGUUAUACAGUGAUCUGACUACGGAGGGCAUAACCUUCCGGAUUGAAGCGCUUAGACAUAAGCAAGAGGCAAUCAAGGGCAUCAAUGCCAAGCUUAACUCGCACGAGGGGAUCUCGGACGAGGUCGUCGGAGCUGUGGCGACCAUAGCUAGCUUCGAGAACUUAUACGGGGCCUACAAUGCAGCCCAGCUGCACAUUGAUGCACUGAAGAGAAUGGUUAUGAUGCGUGGGGGCAUUAAUGCAUUCGCCCACAACGAUGGAUUGGUCAGGGGGCUCGUCUAGUAAGUGUGGCGUUCUCAUACUUCCGUUCUCACCCAGUCGAGACUCUCCCAAGUCCGUCGCCUGCAUCUAUUCCAUGUGCGAGCCUGCCACUACCGUAGUCGUGUGUCUGGCCCCUGCUCUCUUGGAGGCUUGGUAGCAUGUGUGGCACUGUAGCGAG